GAGGCUCUGUUCUCUUUUACAGUGCAAUCAUGAAGCCGAUAUUUGUAUUCCUUCUCCUGCUGGCCGCUCCCUUGUGGGUCCUGUCACAAGUGCAGCUGGUGGAGUCAGGGCCCGGGACUGUAAAACCCUCAGAGACUCUCAGCCUCACCUGCUCCAUCUCAGGCGCCUCCUCAGACACCCUGGGCAGUAACUGUUGCUGGUGGAGCUGGAUCCGGCAGAGUCCCGGGAAAGGGCUGGAGUGGAUAGGGCGUAUAGCUCAAGGGGGAAGCACGAACUACGCCGCUUCCCUCCAGAGUCGCACCACCAUCUCGGUGAACCCUUCCAAGAACCAGUUCUCCCUGGAGCUCCGCUCGCUGACAGCCGCAGACACCGGCACCUAUUACUGCGCCAGACACACAGUGACACAGAGAAGAGCGGGACUGGCACAAAGAGGGGAAGCGGUUUCUGAGCAGCGCAGAGAGACCCGUUUAACUCACUUGUCUAUGGCAACAGUCCAGCAGAUCGCAGCUUCCAUUGGCCCAAAGCAGCAAUCUGCGGACAGUGGGAGCCGCGAUCCGGUGGACCUGCGGACAAGGCAGGCCCCUGGCAAAGGGCUGGAAUGGCUGGGUUACAUCAAUGUGUAUUACUCCACCUCCGGCUCCAUCCCCUCCCUCCAGAGCCGAAUCUCCAUCACCACCGACGAUUCCAAGAACGAACUGUUCCUGCAGCUCCGCUCGCUGACAGCUGCAGACAGCGGCCCCUAUUACUGCGCCAGGCAGUGA